AUGUCUUUAAAAGCAUCACCAAUUAGACGUUCAUCAAAUGGAUUAUCAUCAUCACAUCGAUCGAGAAUAAUGAUGAAUUCAUUCACUUAUGUUGCACCUCCAUCAUCAACACCAACAAAUACCACAACUACUACAAAUGGAGAACCAUUAAAAAUAGGUAGGUCAAUAAAUAAAAGUACAACACCUUCAGAAACAAAUGGAUUUUUUGACAGUAAGGUUUUGUCAAGAUCUCAUGCAGAAAUUUGGUUUGAGAAAUUUUGUGUUUGUGGCAACGGUUGUGGGGGUAAUUGUGAUGGGAAUGGAAUUAUUAAUGGUGUUGGGGGAGAAGUUGGAGGAAAGGUUUAUAUUAAGGAUUUGAAAUCAAGUAAUGGAACUUUUGUCAAUGGUAAAAAAAUUGAAGCUGAUAAUGGUGAAUGUGAGAUUGUGGAAUUGAAUAAUAAAGAUUUGCUUAAACGCAACAGCAUGCCUAAAUCAUUAUCAAAAAGUAUUAGCAAUGAUUUAUCAAUUUUUGAUAUAGUGGAGAGAGAAUUGAAUUUUGCGAGGCAGGAUUCACACAACCUAACUCAUUUAAAUAAUAUGUUGGAUGACGUUAAUCACAAACUUGAAGAUUAUACGGUUAUUCUAAGUCAACAAGAUCAACAAAACCAAUAUAAAAUAAUACAAAAAUCAUAUCAAGAUUUACAUGAGCUUUUCACCAAAACUAUUCAAGGACACGAAGAAGAAAAACGACUAAUAAUUUUGAGUUAUACUAAACAAAUGGAUGAAAUAUUGAAAGAACAUAAUGUAUUAAAAGAAAAUUGUAACGAUCUGAUGGAAAUAAUUAACAGUAAUGAAAGGGAAUAUGAAAAUAAUCAUUAUGCAAAGGAAAUAAUGAUAAAGACAAAUGAAUCAGAAAAAUAUAAUACAGCUACUAAAAAACAAUUGCAAGAAGAACAAAAGAAUGGUGGUAAUAAUAAUAAUAAUUACAAUUAUCAGCAAUUAUUACUGAAUAAAGAAAAAGAAUUUGUUGAUUUAUCAAAUAAACUUGAUUUGACUACCAAAGAUUAUAAUCAGAUGAAAGAAAACUUUGAUAUAACCAUAAAAAGAAUACGCAACAAAAUUAUUAAAUCAAAAAAAGAUGAGACGAAAAUUUUAGAAAAAGAAAAAUCAGCCAAUCUUGGAAUUGGCAUUACUGAUAUUGCCGAUAUUGGAAUUGUUGGUGGGAAUAAUAUUAAACAUUUCAAACAAAAAUCUGAACCAAUCAAAGAUUCUGAAUGGACAAACGAUGAAUUCAGUGAUCAUGACAAUAAUGUUGUUGAUGAUGAUCACAAGAAAUCUAAUAAUUCUGAGGAUUUAGAAUCAUCGGAUAAUCAUUGCGCGGAAGAAGCAGAAGUUGGUGGUGAUAAUGACGACGAUAGCGAAGAAUUUGAUAAUGAUGGAAUGUUGAGUUCAGGGAAAAAAAAUUGCAAAAUACAAAAAGUUGUUGAUAUGGAAAAUUCGGAUGUAAAUUUAAUACGUUUGUGGCAUUCCACUUCAGAAUUUAUAACUGGUGAAUUAUCAAGAUAUCAUAUAAGUUUUGAUUCAUCAAUACAUCAACCAAGCACAGCAUGGCCACCAAAAUUCUUAUCGGUAAAAGUUGCAAAUAUAAAACCGAUAGUAUAUAGGUCAUUUUCUUUAUUUGCUCCUCAUAAUAUUUCAGUUUCUUGCUUAGAAACUUCAAAAUUAAAAAAAAAUCGUGGUGUUGGUUUCAAACCAGCUUUAAAAUUAGGAGGAGUAUGGCGUUUUCAAUUAGAAUUGAUCGAUGAUAAUGAUGGAGAUGGGAGGAGGAGGACGAAAGGAGACUGGACGUUAGAUAUAAUUAGCGAAAUCAUCAGGAGCCCCAAUUCAAUUAAAUAUGAAAUUUCUAUUUUUGCAGAAAUACCUGAAAAUGCAACGAUUGAAGAUGAAUUUAAAAUCUUUGAAGCGAAUUAUAAUAAAACAAUAAAGAAAGGCAAAAGUGUCACUACAACAUUAUCACCUUCUAUAAAGUACAAACUGUUUACUACCAAAGAUAUUUUUAGUUUGCCUAAUCUUAAAGAAGAAAAACGUGUACGACAGCAACAAAAUGAUAUUCAUUUGAUAGUAUUAACUCAUGGUAUACACGGUAGUAUGUUGGAUCAAUUGUAUUUGAAAGAAUCAAUCGAAGAGUUAUAUCCUAAAGAUAAUCAUAACAGGGUUAUUGUUUACACGUCUGAUGUGUUGCACAUUUAUACGGAAGAUGGUAUUGAAGAAUGUGGUGAAAAGUUGGCAAAGAAAAUUUUAGAUUACAUUGAUAUAACGAAUGAUAACAGCGAUGAUGAUAACAGCGAUGAUGGUGGAAAUAGUGAUGGCAGAUCAAGGACAUUUUCUCCAACCAUUUCCAAAAUUUCUUUUAUAGGUCAUUCUUUGGGUGGAUUAAUCAACGUAUUUGUAGUCGGAUAUUUGUAUACCGUAACUUGUGGAAAAUUUUUUGAUAACAUCAAACCUAUACAUUUCAUAACAAUUGCAAGCCCAUGGCUCGGAUCUAGUGAACACCCAUGGUAUGUGAGAUUAGGCAUGAAGUUUGGUGUGCUUGGUCAGACCGGUAAAGAUUUGGCUUUGGUGCCAAGAUCAAGGGAACAACAGAAUAAAGCAAGCGGUGCCGUAGAAGAAAAUACCGAAGGCGGGGAAGACGAACCUUUGCUCUUGGCUCUUGCAAAACCAACCUCAGAGUCUCAUAUCGCUCUAGCAAAAUUCCAAUACCGUACAAUCUACUCAAAUAUUGCUAAUGAUGUACCGCAUGUGAGAAUUUCAUUAUCUCCACCUGACGUCUCAUCAGACCAUAUAGACAGAAGUAUAAAAAACUCUUAUUCAUCUAUUUUACAUGAUAAGAUUUAUACACCAGAUGAAAUUUCAUCACAAUUUUUGUCAUCAUCUAACGAUAAUGAUAAUAAUUCAAUCGAAGAGAAGAUUGCAAGAUGUUGGCAUUCUGAUAUGAGUUGGCGUAAAGUUAUUUUGUAUAUAGAAGGUGAUGCUCAUACUAAUGUGGUUGUUAGAAGAAAAUGGCUAAAUGUUGCUGGUUGGAAAGUCAUUCAACAUUUAUUAGAUCAACAUAAAUUUUAA